UUCUAGAGAGACAAACACAAUCUUAAUACCGACUACCUAACUCUUCUCCCACUCCUCUCAAACUCAGAUCUCUCCAACUAUACCCUCACCACGCCGCGAUGGCUCUGAAGGCCGUAACACUGACGCACGUGCGGUACCAUAAGGGCGAUCGGCUGGGCCACUUCCUCGCUUGGGUCUCACUCGUGCCGGUCUUCAUUAGCCUCGGCGGCUUUGUUUCACACUUCAUCUUUCGUCGCGAGCUUCAAGGCAUAUUCUUCGCUAUCGGUCUCUUAAUCUCUCAAUUCAUCAACGAAGUGAUAAAAAAAUCGGUCCAACAAGCCCGGCCUGAAACGUGUGCGCUUUUAGAAAUGUGUGAUUCUCACGGUUGGCCCUCGAGUCACUCUCAGUACAUGUUCUUUUUCGCAGUCUAUUUUAGUCUUUUAAGCUGUCAAGGAAUCGGACUUUGGGGGAUAAAGAACAGGUGGUUUUUGAACGUUCUUCACUGGACUUUGGCUGUGCUGACUAUGUAUUCGAGGGUGUAUUUGGGGUACCAUACGGUGGCUCAAGUGUUUGCCGGGGCUACUUUGGGGAUUUUGGUUGGAGCGGGGUGGUUUUGGGUAGUGAAUUCUUUGUUGUGUUGUUAUUUUCCUGCAAUUGAAGACAGUGCUCUGGGGAAAUAUUUUUAUCUCAAGGAUACUUCUCAUAUUCCUGAUGUGUUGAAAUUCGAGUACGAUAAUGCGAGAGCUGCUAGGAAAGAUAAUGAUAAGGGUUAUAAGAGCAAUUGAUUGAUGAACUGUCAUCUGGGUUGAUCGCUGCAAAUUUGUGUUAUGGAUCCUACUAUCGUUUGUACGGAUGAUCUGAUUAGGCGAUAGUCCUUGUUUGGAUUACUUCACCCUGGAAAUUGUAUGCAAAUGAGCUGGAGAACAGGCUUCGGAGACUAGACUGUGAUACAGUAGCAAAGACAGCAGAUUGUAAUCGUUGCAGGGGUUUCUAUGUGACAGAUGGAAGAACUGUUAUAGAAAACGAUGAUUUAAACUGCUUUUACAAACUUAUAUAUAUGC